AUGUCCACUGUUUCAACACUACCUGAAUUAUGUCUCGAAGAAAUCUUCGAAUGUCUACUUGCCAACAAAUCAUCUCUAGUUUCAAGUUUAUUAGUGAAUCGCCAUUGGUGUAAAACAGCACUUCGACUACUUUGGCGAAAUCCAUUACUCGUCCAGACCAAAAAAGGUUUAGGUCGACAACUUGUUAUUCUCUGUCUUCCGGCCGAGCAUCCAUUACGCGCAUUUCCGUUAUUUCAACAACUCGAAACGACGUUUCCAUAUACGACGAUGAUGAAAUCAUUAGACUUGCCAUUACUCUGUGAAACAAUUGAAGAUGAAUAUAUUUUUACGGAAACACCGAUAAUUUAUGUUGUCACGGCGAUUCUCGAAAAAUUGUUGAUUGAUGGUGGAACUGUUUUCUUCGAUUUGAAUUUGGAUUUUAUUGCGGCAUCACGUCGUCUUGCGAAAUCAAGUUGUGAAAAUCAAUCUUUCACUUAUAAUCAAUUCAAGAUAUUUAAUCACCCAGAAGUGAAAAAUAGUCUCGCAAUGUUACGACGAUUGACUAUAUCGAACUUACGUGCUGAUAAAAUAGUUCCAUUAAUCGCCAAAACCAGUCCAAAUAUUACUGAACUGCACAUUCAUCUCUAUUCCGAAUACUCCGAAUUUACUGCAUUCUGGGGUGGAUUCAUAUGCACGCUUUCAAGUCUAAAUUUUCUGUUGCCUUAUUUGCAAGGAUGGCGUAAUUUGAGUGUAUUAUCGUUCGCGUAUGGUGAUGUUCCUCCGACAAGAGAAAUCAGAGAAGACUACUUUCUAGUCGAGCUUGGAAGAAACUUGCCACCUACGAAGAUACGAGAUUUAAUUUUUGACGUGUAUUUUGACGUGAUGCCGAAUUCAAUCAAACAAUUCUUCGAUGUAACUCGGGCGUCAUUCCAGAAGAUUUCUUUCUUAAAGACGAUUCAUUUUUCUGAUGAGCAUUUGAAUAUGAUUGCCUUAAACUCUUGUGGAAAAUUAUUUGAACUUGAUAUCUCAGGCGCGAAUCAUGUUACUAAUGAGGGAUUGAUCAAGGCUAAAAAAUCAAUACCGAGGAUUUAUCAAUAG